UAACAGAGGAAUCCUGUAAGGCUGUAGCCUCUGUUAUGGAGUCACUGGUCUCCCUGACAGAACUGGACCUGAGUCACAAUGACCUGAAGGAUUCUGGAGUUCAGCUUCUCGUUGCAAGACUAAGAAGCCCUCACUGUAAACUGCAGACUUUAAGACUUGCUGAUUGUAAGCUAACAGAGGAAUCCUGUAAGGCUGUAGCCUCUGCUAUGGAGACACUGGUCUCCCUGACAGAACUGGACCUGAGUAACAAUGACCUGAAGGAUUCUGGAGUUCAGCCUCUCUCUGCAGGACUAAGUAGCCCUCAAUGUAAACUGCAGACUUUAAGACUGUCUGGUUGUCUCAUCACACAUGAGGGCUGUUCUCUUUUUAAUUCUGCCCUCAAAUCAAACCCCUCCUUCCUCAAACAAUUGGAUCUGAGCUACAAUCACCCAGGAGAUUCGGGUGUCAGAGAGCUCACAGAGAGACUGAAUGAUCCCAACAGUAAACUAGAGACUUUCAGGUAUGACAGUGGAGGAAAGUGCAGGAUUAAACCAGGACCAAGAAAAUAUGCCUGUGAGCUCACACUGGACCCAAACACAGCACACAGACGUCUCUCUCUCUCUGAGGGGAACAGAAAGGUGACACGUGUGGAUCAGCAGCAGCCGUAUCCUGACCACCCAGAGAGAUUUGACUCCUUCUCUCAGGUGCUGUGCAGAGAGGUUCUGACUGGACGCUGCUACUGGGAGUUUGAGUCGAGUGGUGGUUGGGUUUUUAUAGCAGUGGCCUAUAAGAGCACCCCGAGGACACAGAGGAGUGGGAUUGACAGUGAGUUUGGAUUUAAUGGCAAGUCCUGGAGACUGGACUGCUCUGUGUUCCUGUGCCAGAUCACAUGA